CCGCAGCUCUCGCGAGACCGUCGCGUGCACGGGGCUGCUGCUUCCGGCCGGGGGGGGCUCGGUGCAAAGUCAGCCGGGGGGGCGGCGCGCGGAGCCGGAGCAGGGGUCAGCCGGACGGGCGAGCCAAGAGGGGUGUCCGUGCCGCGCCAACAGCACCAUGGGCAACAUCUUCGGCAACCUUCUGAAGAGCCUGAUCGGCAAGAAGGAGAUGCGCAUCCUGAUGGUGGGGCUGGAUGCUGCCGGCAAGACCACCAUCCUCUACAAGCUGAAGCUAGGCGAGAUCGUCACCACCAUCCCCACCAUCGGGUUCAACGUGGAGACGGUCGAGUACAAGAACAUCAGCUUCACCGUGUGGGACGUGGGUGGGCAGGACAAGAUCCGGCCUCUCUGGCGACACUACUUCCAAAACACCCAGGGCCUGAUCUUCGUGGUGGACAGCAACGACCGGGAGCGGGUGAACGAGGCGCGCGAGGAGCUCAUGCGGAUGCUGGCGGAGGAUGAGUUGCGGGACGCUGUGCUCCUUGUCUUUGCCAACAAGCAGGACCUGCCCAAUGCCAUGAAUGCGGCAGAGAUCACGGACAAGCUGGGUCUGCAUUCCCUGCGCCACCGCAACUGGUACAUCCAGGCCACGUGCGCCACGAGCGGCGACGGCCUGUACGAGGGCUUGGACUGGCUGGCCAACCAGCUGAAGAACAAAAAGUGAGCCUGCCUCGGCACGCCCCCGCCCGCCCUGCCCCGGCUGGCUGGGCCCUCGGCUCGGGGGGCCGUGCAGGUCUUCCCGCUCCCCCUUCUCUCUCUUUUCUCUCUCUCUCUCUCUCUCGUUGGGUUUUGCUUUCUUUCCGGCACCGGUUGCUGUGGGUGUGGUUUGGGUGUGGGGUUCUGGUCCCCCGGGGAUAUGCACGGAUCUCUUGUGUGUGCGCGUGCGCGUGUGAUUAAAUAUAUAGAUAUAUAAAGUAUAUAGGGGGGGCGGGGGGGCGUGGCAGUGGCCUUUCUGUGCGCGUGUCCUGUGCUUGGUGCCCUGUGCUGUGGUUCGACACGGAGGUGGAUCCGUCAAGGCAGCUUUAAGCUUCUGUGUCUGGGUGGGGGUGGGGGCAGGCCUGGGAUCAUACCCCCCCAAAUCACAUGGCACCCCCUGCUCACAGCUCUGCUCUAUCCCCGGACCAAGACCCCCCUCCCCUGGACCAAACCGUAAGGGACCCUAAGGGGCCAUCAGAGUGGGGUUCCCCGCAUCCCCUGGGGCAGGGCACAGCAUCAAGGGCCCCCUCCUUCCCUGUCCCGGCAGCGGGGCAGGCAGCAAGGCCGUCUGUCUGUGCUCCUCCCCCCCCCUCCCCCCCAGCUCAGGGAGUGGCGUGAGCAGCUAACGGGGUGGCAGGGUGCAGGUCACGCUCAUGCCCUAGACCCCCCCUCCCCUUCCAGCACAGUGAUUGUAAUGGUAGUAUCCCCCCGGACUGACAGACGGAUGCCUCGUACUGUAAGCUCCUCCCCAGCACACCUAUUUAUACCCCUGUCCUGCCCUGUGCUUGGUGUGACGUGUCGCCGCAGCCCUGCCCUGCCCUGCCCUGCCCUCCCCCAGCUCCCUGGGACACACCUGUGUGUGUAUCGCUCCCUCCCUGCGCGCAGGGGCCGGUACCUGAGGAUGCCUGCGCGUGCCCCCCCCCUUGGAUAUUAAACAUGUUUUAUGUA